AAUAUUAACAUUUCGUAACAAAUACGACGUACGAAGUCAUGGAUUCGGUUACUGAAAUUAGAUAAAUGCUCCGAACCAUUGAUCUAAACAGUACAUAUCAACAACGAUUUUAAUCGAGUACUCUUAUUUGAUACCAUAAUGCAUCCCAAAAACGAGUCUACAACCGAUGUUCGCUCAUAGUUUUUAGAGAUCUGGUUUGUCCCUUCACAGCCGCCAUAGAAGAAAAACAAACAUGGCAGCCUCCUUGUUGUCUCAAGCCAUGAAAAGAUGUUCAGCACACACCUGUGCUGCCGUUGCUGUCAGGAGGGCUUUGAGUUCAGGUGCUGCCACUCCAUCCGUCUACACAAGGUUCUUAUUAAAACUCAGUCACUACUUCUAUGAUGUGGAGAACAUUUUGGAUUGGAACAACUGGUUGAGGUCACAAGGGGUCAUACACAAAAAUAGGUUAUUUGGUUAUGCACAGAAGAAUUUUGGGAAUAAUGUAGCAGCAGCCUAUUAUAUUCUGACUCUCAGAGGGAGCUUCAGAUUUGCUGGCCAGUCCGAAUGGUUUCGUCCAGACUCUAGAGGAAGAUUCAGCUAUGACUUCAUGAGCACACCUGAUGCAAAAAUUGAGGAAGUGGAUCUGAGUGGCACCCUAAUAAACCAUAAUGGACUUGAAAACCUUGUGAAACAGAAUAAACUUCAGACUCUCUCUCUGCGAGGAUGUCCUGAAGUGGAUGACUGGUUCCUUGCACGUCUGCAUGUCUUUGGAGAAAGUCUGGUGGAGUUAGACCUGUCCCACUGCUCUCGUAUCACUGUGGGAGGACUUGCUGCAUUACAGAACCUCAGAAAGCUAGAGCGGCUGGACAUUUCCGGACUUCCACGGCUGCAGAAUCCAGGCCUGGUACGGAUUCUAUUGGAGGAAAUGCUGCCGCACUGCCAGGUCUCUGGAGCUGAAUACGAGCAAGGCCUGAUCCAGCCAGAUAGCCAAGAGCAAACAGAGGGCCAUCACGAAGCUUCCACACACACUGGACUUAGACAUCUAUAAACUAUGGGGCUGAUGAGAGUGGAGAUUCUGUAUUAUUGUUCAUUACAGUGCCCAAACAUGUUAUUCUAAUAAAGUGCUGUGUUCAUGUA